ACCCUCUUAAAUUAUUGUGUUACCCUCUUUUCUUCUACAACACUCUCACUCUUCAUUCUCAUCCUUCUUCUUCCAGAAACAUACCCUUCGAUUCAACACAAUGAAUGGAAAUUUUCGAAACAGUUAUAGAGGUGGUUGGAAUGGUACACCAUUUGACAAUUUCAGGCGGGAACAGUUUAACUACAAUUACCAAAUUCCUCAUGAUUGGCGUUUCUACUAUGCUCAUGAUAUGCACUUAACAUAUCAGACGCCGGCACACUACUAUCCUGAUAUGAGGCCUUUACCGUAUCAAGUGCCGGCACACUAUGCUGGUAACAGUCACUUAACACAUCAAAGGCCGCAACACUAUGCUGAUAAAAGGCACUUAUCAAAGCAAAAUCCGAAACACUCUGCUGAUAAAAAGCCUCUGCCACAACAAACGCCCGAAGACUUUGCUGAUAAAACGCUCUCACUGCAUAAAAAGCCGGAAGACUUUGCUGAUAAAAGGAACUUACCGCAUCAAAAGCCAGAAGACUAUACUGAUAACAAGUGCUUACCGCAACUAUGUGAGCAAUCAACGAAGCUUAAAACUUCAAAAGAACAUCAUGUGAUUCAGAAUUGUGCUUUGAAAAGAAAUGAUCAGCCGAACUCAAACUCAAUGGACUUGCAUUCCCUCGCUGGUUCUAAUACUAGUGCCUUGACUAAAGAUACAUGUUCCGGUUCUGAUGCAAUAGGAAUAGCACCCCCACAAGGUCCUGUGACUUCUCAAAUUAACUCACAGACCAAAGUAAAAGAAGGGAAACAACAUCAUGAGGAGGUUCAGAAUGGUGGUGUCAAAGACUGUGCUGCUAAAAAGUGCUUACCACGUCAAAUGCCAAAACCAACUAUUCCUUCUGAUAAGAAGUGCUUACCACCUCAAAUGCCAAAACCAACUAUUCCUUCUGAUAAAAAGUGCUCACUACGCUGUGAAUUUUGUCAUGUUACGAUUUCUCCCAAUUAUUUUGAACAGCAUAAUAAUGGAAGGAAACAUCGAAGAAACUUAAAAUCAAAGGAAUGUAAAAUUUCAAAAGGAGAAGUGAGUAGACAUAUUCAAAAUUCUCAGAUGAAUCCGGUCUUUCAACCUAAGGAAGUUCCAAAAUCUAUGAACGAUGGGCGCCCUGUUGAAAAUAUGAGUCAAUUCAGGUGCAAGGAAGUUCCAGCUGAAGGAUGUAAGAAACUCGAGGAUCACGCUGUUGCAAAGGAUCAAAUGCCAAAACUGACUAUUCCUUCUGAUAAGAAGUGCUUACCACAUCAAAUGCCAAAACCAACUAUUCCUUCUGAUAAGAAGUGCUUACCACCUCAAAUGCCAAAACCAACUAAUCCUUCUAAGAAGAAGCGCAAGAAGCGUGCACCACUCUGUGAAAUUUGUCAUGUUAGGGUUCCUACCAAGGAUAUCGAACUGCAUAAUAAUGGAAAGAAACAUCGAAGAAACUUAAAAUCAAAGGAAUGUAAAAUUUCAAAAGGAAAAGUGAGUGGACUUGCUCAAAAUUCUCAGAUGAAUGCAGUAGUUCAACCUAAGGAAGUUCCAAAAUCUAUGAAAGUUGGGCGCCCUGUUGAAAAUAUGAGUCAGUUCAGGUGCAAGGAAGUUCCAGCUGAAGGAUCUAAAAGGAAACUCGGGGAUCAGACUGUUGCAAAGGAUCACGGUUUCAAGGUAAAGAAAUUGAAAAAUGAGUCUCCUAGUUUCAUGAACAAGAAAGUUCCAGCCGAAAAAAGGAAAGUCAGUGAUAACACUGAUGCAAAGGAUCAUGAUUCCAACCCUGAGAUUGGAGAAACAUCAGGAGCUAAGUACAUGAAGAUGAAUAGUGGGAUAAGAAGGCCCGUGGAAUCAUUAAAAUCUGAGUCUCCACAUGUUUCAGCCUCACUGUCUAAAGAGUCCAAAGGCAAAGAACAUCAGAAGUUUCAAAAAACCGUGGAAAAGAAUGAUCAGCCACAAUCAACUCCGGUUGAGUUGAAUGCCUCAGAAGGCUCUAAUAGGAAAGAAUCUACGAGUUGUGAUUUUGCUGCAAUACCACUACCACAAGUACCUAUGAAUUGUCCGGUAUUCACACCAUCACCAGCAGUGGAAUCAAGUAUUGAACCCUCAAUUCAAACUGAUUCACAGGUCGAAGUAGAAGAAGGCAAAGAACAUCACGGCGUUCAGAAUUGUGGUGUCGAAACAAAUGAUCAGCCACAGUCAAUCACAAUGGAGCUUCAUGCCAAUGGAGGAUCUGAUAUUAAUACCUUGAUCAAAGAAGAUACAUGUUCUGAUUCUGGUGCAAUAGUAAUAAUUCCAUCACAAUCGCCUAUUGCUUCUCAGGUGGCCACACCAGUAGCAGCAGUUGAAUCAAGUUAUGAACCCGAAAGUCCACAAGUUAAACAGACAGAAAUGUCAGACGACAAAGUUCAUAAUGAGAUUCAGGAUCAUACUGUUGAUUCAAAUGAUCAGCAACAAUCAAUCUCAAUGGAGUUGGACGACCCUGCUGGUUGUAUGACUAACACUCAAACAGAAGUUGUGAAUUCUGAUUCAGCAGUAACAGGAAUAGUUAUAGACCCACUUGCAUAUGCACUGCCAGAUGCAGUAUGGUCAGGUUUUGAACCCCUAACUGAUACUGAAAUAGAACCUCAAGUAUCGGAAGCCGUAGUAUAUAAUGAGAGCCACCAACCUAUCGACGAAAUAGAUAUUGAACUGCCACCAUCAGUUUCAAUGGAGAUUGAUGCCGCUUCAGAGGUUAAAAGACUUAUUUAUAAAUAUAUUUAG